AUGCCCCUCGAUUCCAUUUCCACUUACUCACAGACCCUCCUGCGCCAGGAUGGCCGACGGUGGAACGAACUGCGCAGGAUCACUGCCUCAAUAUCCACGCAAACGGCAAGUGAUGGCAGUAGUUUACUGACGAUGGGGAACACCGUGGUAGUUUGUACAGUGACUGGGCCAAGAGAAGGUCGAGGACGAGAUAAUGCCAAUGCCACAGUUGAGACCGAAAUCAAUCUCGCUCCCUUUGCACAAAUGGAUCGGAGAAGACGAAAUAGAAACGACAAGCGGACUCAAGAACUCCAGACCACAAUUUCCCAGGCAUUCCAGAGCCACCUGUUCAAUCACCUCUAUCCUCGUUCUACGAUUUCCAUAUCCCUCCAUGUUCUGAGUUUGGAUGGUGCUCUCCUUGCGGCAUGCCUCAACGCUGCGAGCCUGGCCUUGGUUGAUGCCGGCAUUCCUAUGCCUUCUAUUCUUGCCGCUAUCUCCAGUGGAAGCAUAACUCCAGCAGACGAUUACUCGUCAAGACCGGAACCUAUUCUGGAUCUCAACAUUGCCGAAGAGCAAGAAUUGCCCUUCCUAUCACUAGCAACCGUUGCAGGCAGGCAGGGUGAGGAAGACAAGGUCUCGGUCCUAAUAAUGGAAUCAAGAAUAUCUAUCGGUGGGCCAAACAACAAGAUGGAGAGCAUGCUGGCAACUGGAGUCGAUGGUUGCACCCAGGUCAGGAAGAAAAUGGAGGAUGUAAUUAGGAAACAUGGCGCUAAGAUCAUGCAAUCACGGAGGUGA